AUGCAGAACCAGCCCCCCCAGGCCGCCUUCAUGGCCUCCUUCAUCCUGGAGGUGGACCAGUUCAUCCUCACCCCGCUCACCACUGCCGCGCUGGACGCCAAGGACCACGAGACGCCGCAGGAGAGGCUGGUUUUCAACGUGACCGUCCCUCCCGCUGAGGGCUACAUCACCCACCUGGACGACCACACCAAGCCUAUCAGGUCUUUCACCUGGUCGGACCUCCACGAGAUGAAAGUGGGCUACCAGCCGCCCAACAGCAGCCAAUCACACCGCAGGAACUAUGAGGUGGAGUUCCAGGUUAUAGACGGCUUCUAUGUGACCAGCCCACCCAUCAUGGUCCACAUCUCCAUCAGGGCAACUGAAACAAAUGCACCCAGAGUCUCCUGGAACAUGGGUCUGGACCUGUUGGAGGGUCAGUCCAGACCAAUCACCUGGGAGGAGCUGCAGAUAGUCGACAACGACAACAUCGAUGCCGUCUACCUGGUGGCUGUGGACGGACCUCUACACGGGCGUCUCAGUGUCAGAGGUGGGAAGGCGUUCAUGUUCCGUGUGCGGGACCUGAGGGAGGGCGUGGUCGUCUACCAUCACUCCGACAGCGACACCACUCGCGACCACAUCGUCUUCCGCAUCAGCGACGGCCGCCACAGCAUCCGCCACAAGUUCCCCAUCAACAUCCUGCCUAAAGAUGACUCUCCGCCUUUCCUCAUCAACAACGUGGCGGUGGAGGUGCAGGAGGGCGGGGCCGUGAGGCUGGAGGAGUACAUGCUGUUAGCCUCCGACCUGGACUCCAGCGACGACUACAUCCUCUAUCAAAUAGGCUCCCCCCCCCGGGCGGGGCAGCUGGUCAGGAAGACCUCCGCCGAGGAGACAGGUGAGGGAGUUCCAGUGGACAGUUUCCUGCAGAGAGACCUGAUCCAGGGUCAGAUCUACUACCAGCACUCAGGAGAGGAGCAGUUCGAGGACUCCUUCGACUUCACGCUGUCCGACAGCCACCAGCCGCCCAACCUCUCCCAGACAUAUACCAUGGUGGUCCAUGUGUUCCCAGUAAAGGACCAGCUGCCGGUGGAGGUUCCUGGCAGCGUACGCUCUCUGACGGUGAAAGAGACGGAGGUGGUUUACAUCACUCAGACUCACCUCCACUUCACAGACAGAGAACACCCGGGCACCGACCUGACCUACGUCAUCACGCAGCCCUGCUUCAGCCCACUGCAUCCUGGGCUGAUGGAUGCAGGACGUCUGUUCUACACAGACACCACCACCGCCAUGAAGAGAGACCACAUGGUCCCGGUGUUAAAGUCCUUCACACAGCAUGCGGUCAACCACAUGAAAGUGGCUUUCAUGCCUCCUGUGGAGGACAUCGGCCCGGCGCCACUGUUCGUCCAGUUUGUCUUCUCCGUCAGCGACCACCACGGUGGCACCAUCUCCGGCCUCCUCUUCAACAUCACCAUCACCCCUGUGGAUGACCAGGCACCAGAGACCUUCACCAACCUGCUGCGGGUGGAGGAGGGCGGAGGUGCCUUUAUGACGGAGGAGCACCUCCUGGUCCAGGAUCGGGACAGCAGGGAGGAGGCUCUGAGGGUGAAGGUCCAGAGGACGGCUCGUCAUGGGCGACUGGAGCUGCAGGGCCGAAUGCUGCUGAAGGGAGACGAGUUCACCCUGCAGGACCUGAGAGGACUGAGACUCAGGUACAUCCACGAUGACUCUGAGACGACUGAGGAUGAGGUCGGUCUGAAGGUGACGGACGGUCUGAACUCAGCUGAUGUGAUCCUGCCAAUACAGAUCCUGCCGAUGAAUGACGAGCCCCCCCAGCUGGGUGGAGGUCUGCGGGGGGAGCUGAGCUGUGAGGAGGGGGGGCGGGUACAGGUGACGGUGGACUACCUGUCGGCCACGGACCGGGACAGCGAUGACUCCAGGCUGACCUACAUGCUGGCCCGGAGGCCGGGUAGAGGGGAGCUGCAGAGAGCCGGACUGACUGUGGACAAGUUCUCCCAGCAGGACCUGCUGCAGGGACACAUCUACUACGCCCACACAGGAGGAGAGAUCGGACCUGAGCCGGUGUUCGACACAGUCACCCUCAUCAUUUCUGACGGUGAGGCUGGAGGGACGGAGAGCUGUUGCCAUGGAGACGCCCCACCCCCUCCCGUCCCCCUCCACGGCACACUUCCUGUGUACGACCUCAACGUCACUGUCCUUCCUGUCAACAACAAAGUGCCAUCCGUCAGUCUGGGUGAGUCUCUGUUGGUGGUGGACGAGGGCUCCUCAGCCUGUUUAUGUGGGGGGGUCCUGGGCGCCUCAGACCCUGACAGCCCCCCUGACCAGCUGACCUUUCACCUGGAGACUCCGCCUCUGCAUGGCUUCCUGGAGAACACGCUGCCAACACCUGGCUCCGAGAAGAGCAACGCAGGAGUCCGAGUCGAAUCCUUCAGUCUCGUCCACCUGACCUCUGGUUUCAUCAACUACAUCCAAUCAGAGCACAAAGGGGCGGAGCCAACUGUCGACCAGUUGUCCAUCUGUGUGAGUGAUGGGCUGUAUCGCUCCGCCCCUGUCACCCUCUACAUCAUCAUCAAUCCAACCAAUGACGAGACGCCUUCUCUGCUCCUCACCAACUUCACCGUGAAGGAGGGUGGGAUCAGGGAGCUGACUCCGUCCAUACUGAACGGUCUGGACCUGGACGCCCCCCCGGACCUCCUCACCUUCACAGUGGUGCAGCCACCGGCUCACGGCUGGCUGAUCAACGGCAUCUACGGCGCAGACAUGAGUCGCUACAGAGAGAUGGGAGCUGACCUCCUGCAGAGGAGCCUCCCCAUCACCUCCUUCACCCUGCAUGAGCUCCGACAAGGCAUGAAGAUCAUGUACAUGCACGAUGACACAGAAACCCUGAAGGACUUCGUGGCUCUGCAGCUGACAGAUGGCGUCCACACAGUCCAGGGGACGGCUCAGGUCACAGUGCUGCCGGUCAACGACGAGAAACCGCGACUGCUCAAGAAUGCUGGACUGGAGGUGGACUCUGGUGAGCUCAGGGUGAUUUCCAGUGUGGCUCUGGAGGCUGAGGACAUGGACACGCCCCCAAUCCAGGUGUACUACUUCAUCAACGCCGCACCACGAUUCGGAAACCUGCAGCUCAAGACGGCGUCGGGCUGGACCGAGCUGUCGGCCGCUCAGAACUUCACCCAGGACGAUGUGGAGAUGAACCGCCUGUGGUACAAACACACCGCUGCCGCCAGCAACGCCAACGCCGCCAACUUCAAAGGUCACGACAGCUUCCGCUUCACCCUCAGCGACCUGGUCAACGAGUCUCCUGCUCAGAGCUUCUUCAUCUCCGUCCACACUGUGCAGAAAGGUGACAUAGUGCUGCUGAGCAAGGCAGUGCAUCUGAGGGAGGGGCAGCGGGUCGUCCUGAACACCGACAUCCUGCUGGCGUCAGACUCGGCGGCUCAUCCGGAGGAGCUGAUCUACACGGUGUCGGUCCUGCCUCGACACGGACUCAUCCAUGGCGUCCAGCGGCCCGGAGUCCCACUGACUAGCUUCACACAGCUGGACGUCGCUGCACACCGAGUGUGUUACACCCACGACAACAGCCACGAGGCUGAGUCCGACUCCUUCAGUUUCAUCGUCACCAACAGCGUCUCAUCCCGCAGCGGCACCCUCCACUUCACCAUCGAACACGGUGACCGCAUCCCCCCUACCCUCAACCACAACACCGGCCUGCGGCUGCAGGACGGGGCCACAGAGACCAUCACCUCUGAGCAGCUGCAGCUCACCGACCCUGACACCGCCGCAGCCAACCUGAGCUUCAUCAUCACAGAGCCGCCACGCUACGGAAAACUGCUGCUGAGAGGAGUCCCACUGACACCUCCGCUGAGAUUCAUCCAAACCGACGUGGACGAGCUCAACCUGGCUUACCGACACAACCCGGGCAGCCCAGCGGAUAUCGACAGGUUCUACUUCCUGCCGACUGAUGGGAGCAACAGAGGAUACCUGGAAUUUGGACAGCUGAGAGAAGAGCCUGCUGUGUUUAACAUACAGGUGGAUCGGGUGGACAGGGCGCCUCCCAGUCUGACCACCAGACGUAGUCCCAGCACGGUGGUGGAUCUGAGCGGCGGGCGUUACGGCAUCUUCAUCACCAACAAACACCUGCAGGCCUCGGACCCCGACAGCCCCACAGAGGAGCUGGAGUUCUCCAUCAGCAGACCUCCACACUUCGGCUACCUGGAGAACGCUCUCACAGGAGCCUACAUCAAAGGUCGUUUCACCCAGCGGGAUGUGGACCAGCGGGCUGUGGUGUUCGUCCUCCCGGCCGACAUGGAGGUAACGGCCGACAGCUUCCAGUUCCGCCUCACGGACCCAGCAGGGAACACCAUGCUGCCUGAAAUCCUGGAGCUGUCCUGGUCUCGGCUGGAGUUGUCGGCGACCUGCUAUAGAACCUGUGAGACAGCAGGGACUCUUCAGAUCCAGAUCCAGCGCAGCGGGAAGAGCGUUGACCCGGCCUACGUUGCUAUCCAGGUGGAGGAAGGAUCGGCCAAACACGGCAGAGAUUUCACUCACAGCACAGCCGGCCUCGUCCAGUUUGACCCAGGAGUCAGUGUGAAAACCUGGAACAUUUACCUGGUCGACGACGGUCUGGAGGAAAACCACGAGACCUUUACUGUCACCCUGAAAAACCCGCAGAACGCCGUCCUGGGACAGAGGAGCUCUGCUAGUGUCGAGAUCAUUGACCCCAGAGGAGGAAGGUGCGACCCUGACGACCUGGUGGAGGGGGACGUGAAGCAGCUUCCCCCACCUCCUCGCCUCCCUGAUCCUCCCAGGCCGGAGGAGGAGGAGGACCCCGUCACCGACAUCGAGGCAGAGCUUCUGUGGGAGACACAGCCUCACCCUCCCAGAGGGGACGUCCCCAACCGCCAGCCGUACCUGGACUACGGAGAGGGGGACCCACAGGACCAGGCGGCCCCCAGCUACAGCCACAUCCACUACCACAGCAGGCAGCUGCCCGGGACAGGCACUGGGAGCACUGGGAGCACUGGGAGCACUGGGAGCACUGGACACAGAGUCAGACAAGGAGGACUAAAGGUUGGUGUUUCCUCCCAGAGGAAGUCUGAAGAGAAAGUCUGGACGUUCCACAGUCUGACUCCUCUCCGGCUGGAGGAGCUGAAGCUGGGUGAUGCCGGGUGGAGCUGGUCGCCUCACGGUCGCCUCCUGCAGGAGCUCCGAGUCGGAGACGCUCCUCAGAUGGAUCACCCAGUACCCAGACACCACCCAGAGCUACGCCAGCACAAGACGGGGAAGUCGGUCAGCAGCUCAUGUCCUGACGGCUGGACUCACUACAGGAGACGUUGUUACAUCCUCAGCUCGUCUGUGGCCAGCUGGGCCAGUGCUGAGAGAACCUGCUCACUGCUGUUUAACAGCAGCCUGACCAGCGUGCGGUCCAGGAGAGACAUGACCUGGCUGUGGAAGUUUGCAGGGAAGAAGCCAUUUUGGAUCGGGCUGUCUGGAGGUCCAGGUCGCUGGAUGUGGGCUGACGGUCGGGCGGUGUCCUUCUCCAGACUGAGGGGGGCGCCGCCGGUCCGCAGCGGGUCCGGCGACGGCUCAGACUGCGUGCUGGUUGAAAACCCCAGAAGCUGGAUUUCCACGAGCUGCUCCACCGAAACUCAACACACAUUCAUCUGUUCAUCGCCGGCUCACACUCACUGAGAGACUCAUAUUCACUGCUAUCAGCCCCGUCAUAACCCGUGA